CAAACCACAUUUGAGGUGGAGGAGUUAAAUUAAGGAGCUGGAGGUUGCUUUGCUUACUAAAUCGGAACAUACAAACGCGCCUCACUGCAAUGGAUCCUAUAAUCUAUAAAGCGGCGGCACAAGGCAACCUGGAGGCCAUACAACAAUAUGAUAUCUCCCAUCCACUUGAUGGAUUUUUGACCGUUAAUCAAAAUACAAUUCUACAUAUUUGCAUUUCAAGUAUCCUCGUUGAAGAAAAGUAUCCUGCCACUGGAGGAAUUGACCAAGCCUCAGCGGCAAAAUUUGUGAAAGUUGUACUGGACAAGUGUCGGCCACUUUUAUUGAAAGCCAACGUAGAAGACGAUACUCUAUUACAUGUGGCGGCAAGGUAUGGGCAUGCUUCCAUAGUCGAAGUCCUGAUUGAACAUAAAAAAUCCCAACAUCAAGAUCUCGAAAGUGGAGAACAAGUUGAAGCUACUACGGAGAUGAUUGGGAAGCAGAACAAAAAGGGAGACACGGCCUUACAUGAGGCUCUACGUGAGAAUCACAUUGAAGUGGUAAAACAGUUACUAAUGGAGGUAGGUCCAGGAUUUUCUUUUGGUGCUAAUGCUGCUGGUGAGACCCCACUUUACUUGGCUGCCGAGAGACACUUACCAGAUUUGGUGUCAGAAAUUUUAAACAAUUUGAACUCACCAGCUUAUGAUGGACCCUUCGGUAGAACGGCUUUGCAUGCUGCAGCACUUUGGGAUGAUGAAGGAAUGAGUAAUAAGAUUUUGGAAAGAUACGGACGCGAUCUAUGUAAACAAGCAGACCAAAAUGGUUGGACUCCGCUUCACAUGGCUGCAUACACGGGUAGCAUUGAGCCAGCAAAACUAUUGCUGGAAUCGGAUAGAGAGGUAGCAUAUAUGAAAGACGUAGAGGGUAGGACAGCUCUUCACAUUGCAGCUCUACGCAACAACAGCUUGGUGACGGAAGUGAUUAUAUCAAUGUGUCCGGAUUGUUGCGAAGUGGUUGACAAUGAAGGCCGCAAUGCACUCCAUCUCGCCGUGAUGACCAAAUUGCGGCCAGAUGUAGCGCUAAUCAUCCAAAAUAAUUCGUCUCUCCAGAAUCUUUUGAAUCAGAAGGACAACGAGGGGAAUACACCUCUCCAUCUCUAUUGCAAUUCUGAUGGUUACCACGAGCGUGUCCUGACUUCUCCAAGAGUUGACAAAAUGGUCUUCAACAAAAAGAACCAGACUGCUUAUCAAAUCUUAAGAAGAAAAGACGGUGGAGAUGAUGAGAAAAAGUGGAGAGUUAUUAUUGAAGUCCAGGAAAAUUAUAGUUUCCAUGUCAAUGGGCGAGUAUUAGAAGUUGGGCAUGAGGAAAUUGAGAAAAAAUAUCCGAAGGAGGAGAGUGAGGCGGAGUGGAAGAAGAAGAUGAUAGAGGAGGACGAUAAAGCGGCUCAAGCCCAUGUGGUAGUUGCUGCACUCAUUACAACCGUGACCUUUGCAGCAGGCAUUACCAUGCCUGGGGGCUUUGUUGGUGGAGAUGAUCAUCCACAUCCAGGCUCUGCAAUUUUGAGGAAUAGUGCUGCUUUCAAGGAUUUCAUCAUUACAAAUGCCCUAUCGUUGAUGCUAUCUAGUUCUGCUAUAUUUAUCCACCUAUUUAUUCCGCUUAUGCCUUCUGAAGACUUCUUUGGAAAGCGCGUAAGUUUUCUUCGAAUAGCCUUUCAGUUCCUUCUUUUUUCCAUGGCACCAAUGGUUUUGGCAUUCGUCACAGGAACAUAUGCUGUGUUAGCGCAUUCAAAUAUUGCCAUUCCCACUUGUAUUAUUUGCUUAUCCUUCUUUCCUAUCCUUGUUUAUAUAUAUAGAAAAUUAAGGUACUAAGCGCUAUGAUUUAGCCGCUAUGCAAAGAGGUUUCUGGUUAGCAUCACGAACCCUAACCAAACAUUUUUUAAACUCCAAAUUGAAGCCCAAUUGGUUAAGGCCCACGAAUUUUGGCCACCUUGGCAAAUCUUCUUGAGGAAGUUUCCUCCCCUACAUGGCAGGCCGUCCUCUGCCCUUGGUAGCAUCCAAAUAGUGCCUUGAUGUGAGAGAAAAGUUCACCUCACCACCCUUCAUACCUCACGGCAGCAGCAGCAACCGUUCUCCCUCUCUAUUCUUCACUUUUUGUGACAUAGGCACCUCCAAUCAAAGGGUCAUCCAAGCCCAUACCUCCCCCCCUCCAGAAUUCUAAAGUCGUGCAAGACACCCUUUAUUUCAUUUCAUGACUUCUCCGCCCCGUUCUUAGAGAGAAACUCAAAAGAGCUCCCUCGCAUAGAUUCCUGAGUCGUUUUGCAGGGUGAUUUUGGACCGCUUGUAAGUAUUUUCUCGCGAUGAAUCUUUCAUGAAAGCUGUUAUUUUUUUGAGUUUAGUUUCCGUGGAUAUCUUAUUCGUUUCAUUU